AUGGCCUGUAGCCCUACCGGGAUCCCUAGCCCUCAGCCCUCCAGGGCCCAUGGGAACAUCAACCUGGGGCCUUCAGCCAAUCCAAAUGCCCGACCCACAGACUUCGACUUCCUCAAAGUCAUUGGCAAAGGGAAUUAUGGAAAGGUCCUACUGGCCAAGCGCAAGUCUGACGGGAUGUUCUAUGCAGUAAAGGUGCUGCAGAAAAAGUCCAUCUUGAAGAACAAAGAGAACCACAUCAUGGCAGAGCGCAAUGUGCUGCUGAAGAACGUGCAGCACCCUUUCCUCGUGGGCCUGCGCUACUCCUUCCAGACCCCCGAGAAGCUUUACUUCGUGCUGGACUAUGUCAAUGGGGGAGAGCUCUUCUUCCACCUGCAGCGGGAGCGCAGGUUCCUGGAGCCCCGGGCCCGGUUCUAUGCUGCGGAGGUGGCCAGUGCCAUUGGCUACCUGCACUCCCUCAACAUCAUUUACAGGGACCUGAAACCAGAGAAUAUCCUUUUGGAUUGCCAGGGACAUGUGGUUCUGACAGACUUUGGGCUUUGUAAGGAAGGUGUAGAGCCUGAGGAGACCACAUCCACCUUCUGUGGUACCCCUGAGUACCUGGCUCCUGAGGUCCUUCGUAAAGAGCCUUACGAUCGAGCUGUGGACUGGUGGUGCUUGGGCGCAGUCCUCUACGAGAUGCUGCAUGGCCUGCCACCCUUCUUCAGCAGAGAUGUGGCCCAGAUGUAUGAGAACAUUCUUCACCAGCCACUACAGAUCCCUGGGGUCCAGACGGUGGCUGCCUGUGACAUCCUGCAAGGCCUUCUCCGCAAGGACCAGAGGCAGCGGCUGGGCUCCAAGGCAGACUUUCUGGAGAUAAAAAACCAUGUAUUCUUCAGUCCCAUAAAUUGGGAUGACUUAUACCACAAGAGGCUGACUCCACCCUUCAACCCUAACGUGACAGGGCCUGCUGACUUGAAACACUUUGACCCAGAGUUCACCCAGGAAGCUGUGUCCAAGUCUAUUGGCUGCAUCCCCGACACUCUGGCCAGCAGCUCCGGGUCUUCAAGUGCCUUCCUGGGAUUUUCCUAUGCACCUGAGGAUGAUGACAUCUUGGACUACUAGAAGAGAAGUAGCUGUGAAGCCACUGAGACCAUCUGGUAAUAGUAGGGUUUACCUUCAGCCAUUAGUAAGAUGCAAUGAG